AUGAAUCCUGAGAAAUUCACUCACAAGACAAAUGAAGCCAUUGCUACAGCCCACGAGCUGGCCAUUUCUUCCGGCCAUGCCCAGUUCACUCCUCUCCACUUUGCUGCCGCCCUUAUUUCAGAUCCCCACGGAAUCUUCCGGCAGGCGGUUGCCGGAGCUGCUGGCAGUGAAGAGGCGGCCGCCUCCCUUGAGCGGGUUAUUGACAAGGCCUUGAAGAAGCUCCCCUCUCAAUCCCCGCCUCCCGACGAGAUCCCUGCUAGCACCUCCCUCAUCAAGGUAAUCCGCCGUGGGCAGUCCCACCAGAAGUCUCGUGAGGACACCCAUCUCGCAGUCGACCAGCUCAUCCUUGGGCUUCUAGAAGAUUCCCAGAUCCAGGAUCUUCUGAAGGAGGCCGGGGUGACGAUAUCUAAGGUGAAAGCGGAGGUAGAGAAAUUAAGGGGUAAAGAGGGGAAGAAAGUCGAGAGUGCGACUGGGGACUCGACUUUCCAGGCUCUGAAGACGUACGGCCGUGACCUGGUCGAGCAGGCCGGGAAGCUCGAUCCCGUGAUCGGCCGGGAUGAGGAGAUUCGGAGAGUGAUCAGGAUUUUAUCAAGAAGGACGAAAAACAAUCCGGUGCUCAUAGGCGAGCCUGGGGUGGGAAAAACUGCAGUUGUUGAGGGUUUGGCUCAGAGGAUAGUUGAUGGGGAUGUCCCGAGCAACUUGGCUGAUGUGAGGCUGAUAGCCCUCGACAUGGGAGCCCUGAUUGCUGGGGCGAAGUACAGAGGAGAAUUUGAGGAAAGGCUUAAGGCUGUCCUGAAAGAGGUUGAGGAGGCCGAGGGGAAGGUGAUUUUGUUUAUUGACGAGAUUCAUUUGGUGUUGGGGGCUGGGAGGACUGAAGGAUCCAUGGAUGCGGCUAACCUGUUCAAGCCGAUGCUUGCAAGGGGUCAGCUGAGGUGCAUUGGGGCUACCACUUUGGAGGAGUACAGAAAGUAUGUGGAGAAAGAUGCAGCUUUCGAGAGGCGUUUCCAGCAGGUUUAUGUGGCCGAGCCGAGUGUGCCUGACACGAUCAGCAUAUUGAGGGGUUUGAAGGAGAAAUAUGAAGGGCAUCAUGGUGUUAAGAUUCAGGAUCGUGCACUUGUGGUUGCAGCUCAGCUUUCUUCUAGAUACAUUACAGGGAGACAUUUGCCGGAUAAGGCGAUUGACCUGGUUGAUGAGGCGUGUGCGAAUGUGAGAGUCCAGCUCGAUAGUCAACCCGAGGAGAUUGAUAAUCUAGAGAGGAAAAGGAUUCAGUUGGAGGUCGAGCUCCAUGCUCUCGAGAAGGAGAAAGAUAAGGCCAGUAAAGCUCGCCUAGUCGAAGUCCGGAAAGAAUUAGACGAUCUGAGAGAUAAACUGCAGCCACUCAUGAUGAGAUACAGAAAGGAGAAGGAGAGAAUAGACGAGCUGAGGAGAUUGAAACAGAGGCGUGAUGAACUUUCGUACGCUUUACAAGAAGCUGAAAGGAGGUACGAUCUCGCACGAGCAGCCGACUUGAGAUAUGGAGCUAUUCAAGAAGUUGAGUCAGCAAUUGCUAAGCUUGAAGCUAGCGGAAAUGAAGAUGGGAUGCUCACGGAGACUGUGGGACCCGAUCAGAUUGCUGAGGUCGUGAGCCGUUGGACGGGCAUACCCGUGACCCGUCUCGGACAGAAUGAAAAGGAGAGGUUAAUUGGUUUGGCUGACAGGUUGCACCAGAGAGUUGUGGGCCAGGAUCAGGCCGUAACUGCAGUUGCAGAGGCUGUUUUGAGAUCAAGGGCUGGGCUUGGACGGCCCCAGCAGCCAACGGGCUCUUUUCUGUUCUUGGGCCCGACAGGUGUUGGGAAAACGGAGCUUGCAAAGGCUCUAGCUGAGCAGCUCUUUGAUGACGAUAAUCUGAUGGUGAGAAUUGAUAUGGGGGAGUACAUGGAGCAACACUCGGUUGCUCGAUUGAUUGGAGCUCCACCUGGCUAUGUUGGGCAUGAAGAAGGUGGACAAUUGACGGAGGCAGUGAGAAGGCGACCUUAUAGUGUCGUUCUAUUUGAUGAGGUGGAGAAGGCUCACCCAUCGGUUUUCAAUACUUUGCUGCAAGUCUUAGAUGAUGGGAGAUUAACUGACGGUCAAGGUCGAAGAGUUGAUUUCACGAAUACUGUCAUCAUCAUGACCUCAAAUCUCGGGGCAGAGUAUCUCUUGAGGGGACUGAUGGGAAAAUCCACAAUGGAGAGUGCUCGUGAAAUGGUGAUGCAAGAGGUGAGGAAGCAUUUCAAACCUGAGCUGCUCAACCGAUUGGACGAGAUUGUAGUGUUUGAUCCUCUCUCUCACGACCAGCUGAGGAAAGUGUGUCGUCUCCAGUUGAAAGACGUGGCAACCCGUUUGGCUGAGAGGGGUAUUGCUUUGGGAGUUACUGAAACUGCACUAGAUGUAAUAUUAGCCGAAAGUUAUGAUCCGGUUUAUGGCGCACGUCCCAUAAGAAGAUGGCUGGAGAAAAGGGUAGUGACGGAGCUCUCCAAGAUGCUCGUGCGAGAGGAAAUUGAUGAGAACUCGACUGUGUACGUAGAUGCUUCUUUGGAUGGUAAAGAAUUGGCUUACCGUGUGGAGAAGAAUGGUGGACUCGUAAAUGCAGCCACAGGAGAGAGAUCUGAUAUACUGAUUCAGAUUCCGAAUGGGGCGACUCGUUUGGAUGCUGCUCAGGCGGUGAAGAGAAUGAAGAUUGAAGAGAUUGAUGAUGAUGAGAUGGAUGAGUAA